GCAAAAGCACGAUCCUACAAAUCCUAAAGUGCCUUCUUUAGAUGGUGAAAAAAUUACCCAAGAAGAUUUAAUAUCUCGAAUUUUAGUUGCUUGUGCAGAUGCAUUAAGCCUUAUUCCUGAUUAUUAUAGAGAACUUAAGGGUUUUACAGAAAAAGUUAUGGAAUUGGUUAGGAAACCUUAUUCAAAAUUUAUUGAUAUUGGCUUUCCCAAAUCACGUUUUAGUUUUCGACUUCUUGGAUUAGCAAAAGAGGGACGCAUAAAAAGAUCUGCUAUCUCUUCUAUAAAUAAGGGAUUUAAAAAUUUAGAUGAUUACCUGGUUCAGCCUAAAGAAAAUUAUUCUGUAAUCUGGCCACAAACCUUUUCUUCUGAGGAGCCAGUAAAAGAAUCCCAACCUAUCAAUGAUGACAAUGCCUUGGUUAAAGGGGCUAAUAUAGUCAUUGAAAAAUAUGGAUGGCUUCAGAUUAGAAGGAUCGAGAAGGGAUUCAUCAAUUUUCAAGCACAAUCAGUUAAAGAAUGUCCUAUAUAUGAUGUUAAACAUGAUAAGGAUCAACUCUAUGGAUUUAUUCGAAAAAAUAGGCAUUUUAUACUCAAGUGCUAUCAGCAAAAACAGUACAAACUGGAUCACAAGGGUCUUAGCUUCGAUAAGGUAUCAGACAAAGUUGAGUUGAAAGAGAAACCUAAAUUAGGAUUAAGUGAAAGAAUCACUAAUGCUGUAUUAAAUCCACAUUCACUUUCUGAAUUACAUGGAGAAGUUAUUAAUGUUAAAAAGUUAAAAGAUACUCCUGAGUCAUAUCCCGAUUUCUUAAGUACUGAAAAAACAGCAACUCUUAUUCGUUCAUCCCCAGCAACAUGGAAAACUACCACCCUAAGAGAAAUUAUUAUGGCUUCAAAAUCUAAGAUUAAUGCGAUUAUGCGACAAAUGAAUAGUAGUACAAAUGCACGAGAAUCUGAGAACGCAAUGCGUGAUGUAUUAAGAUCAGCUCAGCAUAUUUUAGCAAUGGAUGCAUUUGCAAACGAAAGUGAAACAGUUGAAAUUAUCUACGAUCCAAAUAGUGGGGCUGAAGCUAUGCGAAUAGGAUAUGGAUUUUUGAAGCAGGGAAAACAUGUAGCUUUUGUAUCAACUGGGGUAGUAAUGGCUAGAGCAUUAGUAGAAAGAGCAUCUAAAUUAACAAAACCAGAUAACUCACCUAUCAAAGCCUGUGCUUAUUAUGGAGAUAUGGAUAGAAAACAACUAGAAGCAGGUAUAUCUUUUGAGGUUACAGGUCAUUUUGAUAUAGUUAUAGCUAUCACGAAUAUCGCAACUCCGGUACCUAUAGCAAUAAAAAGACACCGUGAAUGGGAUAAAGAUAUUGUUUCUUAUAAACUUGAUGAUUCUCCAGCUGUGGUAGCAUUUAUUGAAGUUGAACACCAAAAACAUUUUUCUGCAAGAAAUUUUAUUGAGAAGUUUUGUAGUCUCAUAGCCAGUACAGCUAAAGCAUUGGACAUUAAAGAAACAGACUUUAGUGCAAUUGCUACUGCUCGGAAUCUUAGCUCUGAAGAAGCAAAGUUUCUCAAGCUUGAUCAAGAAUGUUCUGUUGAAGAUACAAUGGCGCUUAAGCAACACUUUGGUCUACCUGAGCCUCGAAAGCAUUUCUUACAACUUUCUCAAUUCCGAAGACAGAGUUACGAUGAAGAGAGUGCAAUAGAAGGCUCAAAAAACAAAGACAUUGCACAAUGGGAAGAUACCUGUUAUAAAGCUAAAGAGAAUUUUGAGGAUUCAGUAGCAAAGGAUUUGCGCAAAACAUACUCAGCGAAUCAUUGGGAAGCUAUACGAGGGCUUUUCCAAUCACUCAGUUUUACGGGUAUAGAUGAUAAGCAAAUUCUCUCUGAUGAUCAAGUAAAAGUUGCAUUUGAAGUAUCUCGUGAAAGAUUUAUAGAAAUUCGAAAUCAAUCUUUAUUACUCUUUGGCUUUAAAUCUCGUGCAAAAGAAAUACCAGAUCUUAAUUCAGCUAUAAAGACAAUCAAUGCAAUUUAUUCAUACCAAAUUAAUCGAAAUUCCUAUAAAAAACGUGGUUUUGAUAAUCAAGAAAAAAUAACAGCUAUAAAGGAUCUUUUUGAUUCUGUACCUAUUACUAAUAACAUUACUUCAGAUUAUACAGAGCGUGAAGUUUCUAACUUAUCUAUUAAUGCGAUUAAUGAAAAAGCUUUAUCUUUAGAAAUGCCAGCUCGAGAUCAAUCAAUUGAUUCAAAUAAAAUAAGUAAACAUGGAGAGUAUCAUACUCAAGAUAUAUGUCAUGCCAAUGCUACUAUUGAUGAAGCUAGUAUAGUUAAGAAAAAAAUACCCAAAUCCUUAACUUCUUUAUCUUUAGAAUUUCUCAUUAAAAAUGAAUCUAAUAUAGAUAUGCUUAUCUUCCAUUUACAACAAAAAUUUCAAAUGUCUCAAGAAAAGCUAGA